UGAAUCAAGUUUAAUGACUCCAAUAUUUGACCAUCAAUUCUUCAGGUAAUUAAAUUGAAAUUGACUUGAACCCUUCAGGCUAAUCUGAGAUCAAUAACUCAACUAGAUUUUAACCCUUCCACUUAGCUACUCUUCUUCUUCUUUUCCACUCUCAUCUUGUAUAAAAAGCUUCUCAUCUUGUUUAUUCUCAUCAUUACUUUUAUCAUAGUUUGAGUGAAUUAAGUAAACAAUUUUAAAAUGAAUUGUGUUUCCUCAAUUGCAAUUACCAUUCUCUUAAUUGUCAACACCGUCAAUUGUUAUCCAACUUAUCAUGGUCCAGUUGCUCAAUUAGUUCCUGUGGGUCCAGUAAACCCAAUCGCUCCUCUUCCAGGUUAUCCAUCAGGAGGAUCAGGUUUCGGUGGAGGUGGAGGAGGUUCAUUCAACGCUGGACCUUACAGAGUAUCUUUCGGUCAAGGAAUGGGAGGAGGAUUCGGCUUUAGUCCCAAUGGAGCUGGUUCUGGAUUCGGUGCUGGGUCAGGAUAUUCUAUCAAUGGACCAGGAAUUAAUGUUCAACAAGGACAAGGAUUUGGUGGAGGAUCAGGUCAAUCCUUUGGUUGAUUCAAACACUAAUUCACAAAUUACAAAGCAGAAUUGUGAUAAAAGCCAAACAGAAUUAACAAAAAGAAAUAAAUGAAUUAUUUUAAUUAA